GCAGUCUGCCCUACGAGUACAAAAUUGUGAUCGCCGGCAACCAUGAGCUGACAUUUGACCAGGAGUUCAUGGCGGACCUCAUCAAGCAGGACUUUUACUACUUCCCAUCGGUGUCGAAGCUGAAGCCGGAGAACUACGAGAACGUGCAGUCGCUGCUCACCAACUGCAUCUACCUGCAGGAUUCAGAGGUCACCGUGCGGGGCUUCAGGAUCUACGGCUCCCCAUGGCAGCCCUGGUUUUAUGGCUGGGGUUUUAACCUCCCUCGAGGCCAAGCCCUGCUUGAGAAAUGGAACCUCAUUCCCGAAGGCGUAGACAUCCUGAUAACGCACGGACCGCCACUGGGCUUCCUGGACUGGGUCCCCAAGAAGAUGCAGCGGGUGGGCUGCGUGGAACUGCUCAACACGGUGCAAAGGCGCGUCCAGCCGCGGCUGCAUGUCUUUGGCCACAUCCACGAAGGGUAUGGUGUCAUGGCGGACGGGACGACUACCUAUGUGAAUGCGUCCGUGUGCACUGUGAACUACCAGCCUGUGAACCCACCCAUAGUCAUCGACCUCCCCACACCCCGGAACUCCUGACUGCUCCCCACUACCCCAGCCCUGCCCGCCUGCAUCAGACGUAUGCUUGGCCGGGAGCACAGACCCCCAGCCACCCUUCCUUUCAUGCAGAAUGACCCAGAUGACCCGUUUGGCCACAGGGACUGGCCCAGCAGAUGGGCUGAGGCCUUGGAAUGCAGAAAAUCACCUUUGACUCUUCAGUAUUCUGUCACUUGAAGCUGGGACCCUGCUCGUCCCUAUCAGGGGUUCUGCAUCCAUUACUGUUUUCUGUGUGUACAUCCAUGCGUACCUUGUUACACAGACCUGAUGUGCUCAUGGCCCUGUGUUGCUGGGAAAUGACUGAGUCUUCAUUUGUCUCAGUUGGACGCCUUCUUGGUUUGGGUGGGAAACCACUGCUCUUGGAUGAGUUUUAGAAGUUCUUGCACAAAAUCUCCCUCUAACGGAGAGUCUGUGUGGCUGUGAGCCUCAGGGUUGCGGGGAGUGGGAGGUUUUGUAGUCUGGGUGCAGCCAGUCCUUCCUCUCCUCCCAGGCCGGAGAGGAGACAGGUCUGCUGGUGGCAGUGGCUCUCUGAGGGAGAGUUCAGGGACAUCUCAGGAAUUCAGACUGCACCUGGCCAGGCCCACGAGUGGUUUGCUUCACGUUGCUCCCCCUUUUUUGUCCUGUGGGAAUUUUUGCUGACUUGAACAAUGGCCUGAGUGUCCCAGGCAUUCACUUGGAGCCUGGAUUUGGGAGUUGGAACUACACAAUGAGCCACGUGAGUGCCCAGGACCAGCUGGCGGGUUCCGAGUCAUAGUGGGACAACCGUGGUCCCACAGGGACUGCCUGCUCUGCAGAACUCAACAACCAGGAGGGUCUGCAGGCCGAGGCUGCAGCAGCCCUGUCACACGCAUGCACCUCUUUAUUUAAUGAAGUGGGUGCUGUGUUUCUGA